ACGUCCGGCUGCGGCUGGAGCGCUGUAUUUACUUAAGAGUGCCACCCUGUUUUAGCUCGAGGUGUGUUAUGGGCACUGACUCAGUUACUCCAGGACGAGAGGUUUGCUUAAUGUUUCCAGCUCUGCUGGUUUUGCAACCGAGGGGGGCCAGAGUUUGUUGUUUUUAAACUUAGAUUUGGAUAUUACAUAACUCGGGGAGCUGAAGCGCUGAGCACGUGCCCGGGCCUUAAUUCCUUUUGCCCAAGGAUAUGUCAACCUUGUUGGCAAAGUUGUGGGUGAGAAGUCCAGAGGACAACUGCUCCUUGUAACCAUACUUCGUUGUACGGUAUACAGCUCCUAAUGUCCUAUUUGUCCAUACCAAAGGGGCAGAUUUUGGCUUCUAGAUAUACACGUAAAGCUUACACACCUUUAAAAAGACCGUAACAGUUAAGCCCUUUGCUUGUGGGCAAAAAGUAACAAUUAUUACCUAACUUACUGCAUUAAUGAGUGCACGCGUUAUUGCUCCACCCUCUGCCCAAUAUGGCUUGUGGCUCAACUUUCAUCUGCUGUUAAAACUCAGGAGUGCCCACAGCUACUUGUGAAUAGAGAUUGUGGUGAUAAUUUUGUUAAGUGAUCUGGUCUGGGAUCUUGUCUGGAUCAUGAGCUGUCCUUCAGUGAGCUGCUUUUAGAACAGUUUUUAUCCUAAAUACAGUAGGUCAGAAUUCAUCUUUAGAGAUGCCUGUCUCAACAUAUGUUGUUGACAGGGUAGGGUACUCUAUACACAAACUCUCAACCAAAACUUUAGGCUGAACUUUGUAAAAAAAUGUUCUAUGAAGUCAGGGCAGUAAAGACAGUAGAAAGAGCACCUAGCCAGUACACUUGUUACACUACACAAGUUGUAAUGGCCUCAGGACAGGUUGUAGAUGUUGGCUGAUAGAGAUGCUCAUCUUUAUGAGAAUAUAUUUUUAUAUUGUUUUCUUGUACUGAACUUUAAAUAGAAUGUUAGAAGCAAAGAAUUUUUUAGAAGAUAUCAUAAUUUAUACCAUGUCAGAGGAGCUUACCCCACAUCCAACAAGGGGGCUUCUUGUGAUUUUUCAGGCAGCUUUGGCUUAGAUUUUAAACCUCUCAGGUCUGUACCAAAAAGGUGUGGUUUGUGAUUACAACCAUCAAAGCCACCGUCUGUCAGCUAAGUGCAUUCUGUUACACUGUGCUGAUAGCCUGCCUAAUUGGAAAAUACCACACAUUUGUUUAAGUCACAGGGAGCUAAGGCCACACUGAGGCUUGCAGGUUGCACGGCUGAAGUGGUGGGUGCCACUGCCCUGGUUCCCUGUCCACCUUCUUUUUGCAGGUUUUUGUGUAUGCAGCUGUGGCAGGUGACUGCAGAAAUACGUCUGUGCUGAAGUUACAAGUUUGCGGACCAGCACCUAAGAGUAAGCUGAAAUUUGCAGCAGUUUACAUGGGUCUGUCAGGCUCAGGUGAUGGACAUAACCUGAGUGCCUUGGAUCAGAUAUUUAUAACUUCAUUUUCUUGAAAGAUUCACUGCCAAUAACAUCUGCUUUGUAUUUCAUCAAGCCUUGCUAAGAACAUGAAUGAUUGUCAUCUCAUUAGGAUUUCUACAUACAUUUCCCUUUACUUUCUCUUCUUUUUUUAUUUCUCCAGUUCUCUUAUUGCUUUGCUGAACCUGUCUCAUCCUUCCCUACCACUGGCACUUUGUCAGGUGUUUUCCUGUUCUUGCUGAACAGUGCUUUCUUUAGAGCCGUGCUCGUUUCCAGCUGCCCAUUUCUCCUGGUCAGGUCCCUCUCAGUCUCUGAUCCUGGCAAUUCCGAACAGCAGGCCCCAACUGGCAGGGCUCUCUGUGAUUCCCUGUUGCCCCAUGUUAAUAGCUGUUUGAUUAAAGCUUUUGUGUCCCAUAUCCAAGAGCAGGAUAACAAUGUGGUUGUAGACUGGCUAAGCAGCCUGGUUUGAGAACUGUGGCUGGCCCAACUAACGAAGUCAUUCUUUACACAUCUAGACAUCAAGGACUGAGAAAUUUGAGAAUAUGGGUCGUUGUGGUUAUUUUUUGUCUCACCAGGCCCCAUCAUGCCACAGGUAAUUUUAAAGAAUUCCUCUGGGCUGUGACUUGGGUUUUGGUCUUGCUUUUCACUCCCCACUCAAAGCCUGUGGUUAAUCAAAGGAAAGUACACACAUACCUUCUAGGGUGGUAAUUCUUCCUAUAUCACACAUUUACUGCUGAGAAAAAAAAUCUAUCAUUGUUUGCCAUUUUUUUAAUCCUGUAAUUGCUAUGUUUAUUCAUGGUGUUGACUGAAAUUCCAUUGAAUUUUACUUGCAUAUGGGCUUUCUGAUCUUGGGUCUAAUUCUGCUGUUCUAUCAAACUUGCAGUUUAUGCCAAGCCCUGCCCUUGUUGUCUGUUCAUACCAGUUUUGUGCCAUACCUGUCUUCGUUACCUCUUUCUUUUUCUUGGUCAUCCUCUCCAUUUCCUCAUUAUUUCCCUUGUGUUGAUUUUUCUAGCUUCUCUUCUAAAAAAAAAAAAAGGAGAGAGAAACGACAUAUUCAUUGCUUUGAAACUUGGUGUAAUUUAUCUGUUUCCCACAUCCUAUGCCUGUCUUGUCUAAGUUGAUUGUAAGCAUCUCAGAUGACAGACUGCCUACUCUAUAACAAACACCAUGCUAUUGGAAGGUUCUGUCUGAGUUAGUCUUUAUGCACAGCAUAAAUAAAUAUGUUUUAUUAAUAAUAAUAAUAACAGCUAUGCAAUUAAUCCCAUAUAUUUUAAUGAUGGGGCUGAAUGUAACGGCUUAAAAUAAGUAUGGCAAAAAGGAUUCCUUAUGCUACAGGAAUUAAGAUGAAUAGAAGAUGUCUUUAAGUAGGCAUUGACAAGAUAUCUUCAAAAAAAGCCUUAUUUAACCAAUUGCCUCUUUUAAUUUGUUAGACAAAAGAUUUUUAUUGGUUUAUUCAUACAUUCAUUUCUUCAUUGUGGUAGGAUCACAGUGACUACUUAUCUCUGAGCUUGGUGGCCUCAGGGAUAAUCCAAGCCAGUAUUAUGUUAAACCUUGUGUAGAACAAUGAAGCAGCAAACACGUUCAGGUGUUUCUGCUCUAAAGUUCAGGUGAAAGCCUGAUAUCUAUAUGCAGUAUUUAUAUAGAAUGUCUGUAUAUAGAUGAGGAGAAGCUUUAUAGGAAACAAGUUGUCAGCCCCAACCUGUACAGAUGUUCAACAGGAGCUCAUCCUGAGCAACAAGGUAGGAUAAAGCAGGAAGGUGUUUAUUUGAAAGGGCAGUAUUGGAAUUCAGUUGUAGGGCUGGCAGGAAGCAGAUGUCUUUACAGAGUGAAACAAAAGGUUCAUUGGGAUGUUGAGCCUGUGAGCUUGGAGGGAAGGGAGGAGAGUCAAGGAUGGGGCUCACCACUGCGCCUGCAGAAAAAGAAAAGAAACACAAGGGAAGGGACUGACAAGCCAAGCUGAAACAGUGACUGGAAAAGCAAAAAGUGAGAAUAACUGCAAAAACUAAGCUACGACAUGAGUUAGAUAUGCUAAAUAUGACUGAAGGUCAAACAAGAGAUUGGUUUAAGGUGGAUUGAGAAGCUUUCAGAUGAUGAGAGGAAGCCAAACCAAGUCUGAAGGGGAUUUAGUGUAGAACCUGGCAAGAGACGUGGCUGGAAGAACCUGUGAGGUGGCAAAAGAGGCACUUGUACCAAAGACUUUUUUUUUUUUCUUUCUUUCUUUUUUUUUUUUUUUAUGGUAAAAGAGACAAGCAUAUCUCUGUAGGUGCUAGGAAUCAGAGCAGACUGAACGACUAAAGCUGUGAACAAAUGAAGGAGUGAGUGUUGGGCAGAUCAAGAAAUUAAAUGGGGUGAAGUUCUCAGGGCAAGUGAUGGAGUUACAGAAGACACGUUGAUAAGCUUUUUGUUAUUGCCACUUGGAGACUUGUAGACAGAGGAAUCAUGAAGAGAAUAUUUUAUCACUUUUAUCUUUAAAGAAAAUGGUGAGAUAACAAGUAGAGGAAAACAGACAGGAAGGCUUGACAAGGGUUAAGCAGCAGCAAUGAAAAGCUUGCUGGGAUUACAAGCGUACAGAUGAGCUGCAGGAGGAGAAUUGUUUAGUUGUGAGAAGGCAGAAAUGGGGGAGAGAGUAGGCGUGUGGCAGAGGAAGUUGCCUUGAUCACAGGAUUUCCGUCAGAGACACUUUGCACUGCAAGAGCAAGCAUGGAUGGAGCAAGCAGUGAAGUUCCACUGCACUGAAAAUGGGAAUGUGAACUACAGAGUGCUAACAAGUGCAGAGAACAUCUCACAUGGAUUUUGUGAGUACAAAAGAGGCAAGUGAAUUCUAAUUUAGAAGCCAGGAUGGAGAUCUUAAUGCCUGAACCUCAGAUUUAUGUGGAAAGAACUCUGGCUAUCAUCAAACCAGAUGUCAUCGAUAAAGAAGAAGAAAUAGAGGAUCUCAUUCUCCGAUUAGGAUUCCACAUCAUUCAGAAACGGAAGCUCCAGUUAAGCCCAGAGCAGUGUAGCAACUUCUACGGAGAACAAUUUGGAAAAGUGUUUUUUCCUAAUUUAACAGCCUAUAUGAGUUCUGGUCCUAUAGUUGCUAUGGUUCUUGCUAGAAAUUGUGCAGUCUCAUACUGGAAGGAAUUGCUUGGACCAUCCAACAGCCUAAGAGCUAGGAGAACUCACCCUCACAGCUUAAGAGCACUCUAUGGAACUGAUGAGCUGAGGAAUGGGCUCCACGGCAGUCUCAGCAUCUCCUCAGCAGAGAGAGAAAUUCGAUUCAUAUUUCCAGAAGCAAUCUUGGAGCCUGUUCCCACUGGACAAAGAGCUCGGGAUUACCUGAACCUGUAUGUGAAGCCCACGCUGCUGGCUGGGCUCACUGCCCUGUGCAAAGAGAAGCCAGCAGACCCCAUGUGGAUGGGCAAUGAUGUACAAAGGAACUGGCAGUACACAGGUGCUACAAGUGUGAAGGUACAAACAGUUGAUGUGACUUUCAUCAGCUGACAUGAAGGAAAAGGUGCAAGGUAAAGUGACUCCCAAGAAGAAGGAAGCUACUGGUAAAUAUUGAGGAAAAAACAUGGAAGCAAGAAGGACCGUGGUCCCUCAGCGCCCGCGCCUUGCACUUCCUGAUCCCACUGCAUCCAUCCACAGGAGACCCCAUCACCUCACAUGGUGCACACUCAACCCUCUGGACCCCAGGACGCUCCUUCCCCAGUGUAAGGACACCAAAGCUUCCCCUAUCUCCUGUGGCCCCUGUUCCUCUGCCUGAUGUGGUUGGGGGCGGCAGAGUCACGGCGGGUGCAGAAGUGCUUGGCCACCAGCGUCCGGCACUGCUCGCAGCGCACCGUGCAGCACCAGUGGAACUUGCAGUUGCAGCUGGCCACCACCUCCGUCCUCCUCUCCUCCACCCGCAGGCCGCACUCGGUGCAGAGCCGCCGGCAGCUCCUCUUCUCCCACUGCGAGAGGUUCUUGCCGGUCUGCAGGCACUCGCGGCCCUCAGUGCCGUGGUGGCCCAGGCUGGCGUUCCUCGUGCAGUAGUCGGGGGAGUCCUCCAGGAAGACGAGCUCCGAGGCGUGGAUGUGGUGGAAGGUCUCUGCCGUGGCCCCGCGGCUGUCGGCGCUGUUGCCAGCUCUCAUCCGCCUCUUGUCCAUCUCCAGCUUGUGGGCUCGGUCGUAUUUUAUCUUCAGGUAGUUGCCGAUCUCGCGGAAUUCAGCGAGCUGCAGCCAGCAGGUCUGGAUGCUGCAGCUGCCCGACACCCCGUGGCACUUGCAGGCCCUCUUCAUUGUGUCUUUCACUGCCUUGGUGGGAGAGGUGAAGAAAUUAGGAAAUCUCAAAAUCAGGCUCUACAGCACUUGUAAUUUGGGGACAAUGCAUCAAAAGUGGCUUGUACUCGGUGUGAUUGACACGAGCUGAUGCUCUUAGUUCCUGGAAAACAUCUGUCCCAGAAAUAAGUGUGCACAAACUAUUGUUCCCAGCCCUUCCAGGAGAAUCCAGGCCAGGAAGAAGUGCCUUUGUCAGGUCAUGCCCUUCUCACGCCACUCAGCAGCACCAACGUAUCAUCUCUUUCAGAGGUUUCAUUCAAAAUGUGUGAAACUGUUUUGGAAUAAUCAUACCUAACCUCUCUGCAUCUCCUCCAGGCCAAGCACUUCACAGAUAUUAUCUGCCUAUCUCCCUCUGGUAUUUAUAAGGUCCCAAUCACUGGUAUCUAUGUGAGAUUAAGCCUUGACACACCCUAUGAGAUAGGUAUGUUAAGUGUUGUCAUCCUUGUUUUUACAGACAAGGAGGUUUGGCAAGAUGCUGAGAGCUCCCAUGGCCCAGGCAGGAGCUGGGACGAGUCUGGCUGGCUUGUGAGCAGGGCCAGCUCACACCUGCCUUCCCGGCCAAAGAGCUUGGAAAUGCAUAUUGCAAGAAAGUAAGGAAGGUGGCUCUGGCUUUGUUUUGCAGACCAGACAAGCCUAGAGGUGGCUACAAACCCCAUGCAUUUCUGGAUAAGUGGUGUGUGCCAGCACUUAACUGCGUUACACAGCUGCCAAAGCUGGAAGUGGGAACAACUCUUACUGGGAUUCCCUGUGUUGAGGUUCAAGGCCAGAUUCUGGCUGUGUUUUUUCCCCCAUGCAACCACUACUGGGCCUGGAUUGUCACAGGGGCCUGAAAAUGGGGACCUGAACAGCCUAGAUUUUGUUUUCAAUAUAGACAUUAUUAUUAUUAUUA